AUGAAUCAUAGAGAACCUGGAAUUGGUAACAAAGCAAUAGAAGCAAACAACAUGCAUCUGUAUUUCCCUUGUGGAAUCAUAAUGGGAGCUCUUUCAAAUUUGGGCAUUUCUUGUGAUGUUUCUGCAGAUAUUUCCAACCUCCCUGCUUUGAUCACGUGGAGGCAAUCAAAUUCAUCUGUAAAGAUUUUUUGGUUUGAGCUCUUCAAGAAACAUAUAGACAAUCUAAAGAUGAAUCAUAGAGAACCUGGAAUUGGUAACAAAGCAAUAGAAGCAAACAACAUGCAUCUGUAUUUCCCUUGUGGAAUCAUAAUGGGAGCUCUUUCAAAUUUGGGCAUUUCUUGUGAUGUUUCUGCAGAUAUUUCCAACCUCCCUGCUUGUUCAUUUGUGAUCCGGAUAAAGGUGUAG